UUCGGACAACAAAUAUAUUACAUAAUGAAAAAUUACCACAAGCAAUGACACUCAAAAAAUCAUAAAACAACAUUAUUGCACCUUUUUCUUUGUGUAUUGUUGCUACCCCUCCUUUAUUUAACCCCUCAUAAUCACUCCUUGACUCCCUACCAUGCAAAAAACCUCUUACUCCCACUUUCUCUCAACCUCUUCAUCUUUCACACUUCACCUUAUUAUUAUUGCAAAUGUCUCAAAUUGACAUAAAAUCACCAAAACAUUGCGCAAAGAAAGGUCUCAACCUCAACUUCCUUAAGAAAAAACUCUUCAAAAUCCUCUCUACCCUAGUAUUUUCCAUUCUCUCAUUAAUCCUUCUCAUUUGGUUCAUCCUCCACCCUGCAAAACCUCAGUUCAUCAUCCAAGAAAUCGACGUCUACCAGCUUAACUUCUCGUCCCCUCACAUCCUAAACUCCUCUAUCGAGAUCACCUUAGAAGCUCGAAACCCUAACCAAAGGGUUGGAAUUUACUACGACGAGUUACAAGCUUAUGCUUCUUACAAAGGGCAACAAAUAACUCUACAUACACCAAUUCCUCCUUAUUACCAAGGACAACAAGAUAGUAACUUAAUAUCGGCUUCACUCGUUGGUAACGGCCUCCCCGUGUCCCCUUCACUUGGCUAUGAACUAGGCCGUGAUCAUGCUUCAGGGAAGAUGAUACUAGUCUUCAAGUUUGAUGGACGGAUUCGAUGGAAGGUUGCUAGUUGGGUUUCAGGAAGUUAUCGUAUAAAUGUUAAUUGUGUGACUAUUCUGCCUCUUACACCACUUAAUCCUACAGGUUAUUUGAGUUCUAAGCAGGGGACUCAAUGUUCUACUGACAUAUAGAAUAAUAGAUUCAGUAUAUUAUACCUUUAGCUAAUUAAGAAUCUUAGCUAUGUGAUUCAAGUAUAAAAUCAAAGUAUCUUAGUUUGUUUUAUACUUAUUCCUUUUCUAUAUUUGUGUGUAAUGAAAUUAUGAUAAGGACUUAUAUAGAUAGAAUUAGCAAAAUGAACAGAAAGAUUAAAUAGGAAUUUAGGAUUAGUAGAUUACUUAAUGUUAUCACUUUAUUUAUCGAGUAAUAUAUAUAAUACUUCUUCCGUUCUCUAGUA